AGUGCACGAAGAACAAAAGUCGAACCCAAAUCGACCUUACCGUCGCCCCCCGGUCUUCGAUCGCACUCCUUCCCACAAACCCAAAAGGAACGAGGGGGAAUCCAAAAGCCAAAGAACACCCUUUAUCCAGCCCAAUACACCCCCCUCAUGGAAACGCCCUGUUGUUGCUGUUGUUGUUGUUGCACCACGAGAUCGCUGCAUGACAUGGAUCGUUUGUUCGAUCUGUUCAACGAUACUCCCAAAUCAAACCCCAUCUUAUUCUUAUUUCUCCCAAUUCCCCCAAUCUCUUUCCCAUUUUCGUUCUCCUCCCCUCCCCUCCCCUCCCCUCCCCUCAAUACUCACUGGUGUUAUUUUUCUCUUCUUAUUCCUUCUCUCAUCCGUCCCUCUUUCUUUCCCCUCUUUGUUGGAUCGUUUCUUGCUACUCCUCCUAUUUGGUAUUCUUCGUAUUAUUCUCUCUGCGAUCUCACCCUACAUCGCUUCGUGAUUUCCUUUUUCCGAUUGCUUUUUCUUUUUUUUCAUCGGUUUUGCCACGCCGUGUUCGCCCUUUUCGCGUGCUAUAAAUUAAUGCGAGGCAGGACGAAUUAGUUCUAUUUUUUGUUGUUGUUGUUGUUCGCCUCGCCGGGGGGGAAAUCUUGUUACCGAUCUAGGGUUAGGGGAUGGAGGCCGGGGGGGGAGAUCAGGAGAAGCCGACGCCGGAAAGCGGAGACAAGCCCCCCAAGCGCAAGAUGAAGACCCCCUACCAAUUGGAGAUUCUUGAGAAGGCCUAUGCUGUGGACACGCAUCCGUCGGAGACGCUGCGGGCUGAGAUGUCGGUGAAGACCGGUCUCUCGGAUCGGCAGCUACAGAUGUGGUUCUGCCAUCGGAGGCUCAAGGACCGGAAGUUGCCGCCGACGAGAAGGCAGCGGAGGGACGAGGAAUCCUUGCCGUUGACGCCACCGCCACCGGUGCUGCCUCCUCAGAAUGAUAUGCCGUCCUCGGAGUCGGGAGGCGUCGGGUUGAGCUCCAGCCCCUAUGGUAGCAGCGUGGAGUCCAGGAGGGCAGUUUCAAGGGCAGCGGCGGUCGUCUCAAGGACUGCUGCAGAUAUGUCAGCCGUCGGGAGGCAGUAUUACGAUCCUGUGUUGCCGCCUCCGCCAACCCACCUCAACCGCCUGACCAUGGCGGAGCUCAGGAUACUAGCAUCGGUGGAAGCACAGCUUGGCGAGCCGCUGCGGCAGGAUGGGCCUGGCCUUGGUGUCGAGUUUGAUCCGCUGCCGCCUGGUGCUUUCGGAGCCCCAAUAGAAAUAUCGGCACAACAGAAGCAGCCUGUCUGGCCCUAUGAUGGCACUGUGUGUGGGAGACAUGACAUAAAGACAACAAAGGCAUCAAGUUUUCCCUCUGGCAUUGAACAUUUCUCACCAAGUUCAUCUAAAGGGAAGAGGAAACCAGCAAAUGGGGGUUCUCAUACCGUCCAUCUGCAUAUGGGUCCUAGACCUCUUCCUGAAUAUCGGUUUCUCCCUGAGCAGCCAAGUGUCCGCUCAGAGGCAUAUGACAUGGCAUCUCAAUCUCACUAUUAUGACUCUUCAAUAGAUGUGCCUAAUAACAGGGUGACAUCUGUACCAUCAGGUGGAAAGAAUUUGCAUGUAAAUGAUCAGGAGGCACCAAGUUAUACCUUCCAAGGUCAAAUGUCUGGUGCCAGCCUCAGGUCCCAACAAAGCAGGAAACAAAAAAUUCCUUCUGACCUGAUGGAAUAUGGCAGUGCUGCACGUAGUGACUCCAUUCCGUCUCCUGCAAGUGAUACUCAGUUUCAUACCAAUCAGGUUGUAGGAUUAGAAAACCCACAUAUAUCAUCUGAUAGGACUUCCCGUGAUGAAAAUAUUUCUUGGUUGGGGAGGAAACGUAAGAGUGAUGAAGCAAGGACUGCUAAGGAGGAGGAAGCCCAUCAGAAACGGAUUCGGAAAGAGCUUGAGAAACAAGAUAACCUGAGGCGAAAGAGAGAAGAACAAAUACAGAGGGAAAUUGAGAGACAUGAUCGUGAAAGAAGAAAGGAAGAAGAGCGGAUGAUGCGUGAAAAACAGCGAGAGGAAGAGAGGUUUCAACGUGAACAAAGGCGUGAAAAUGAGCGUAGGGAGAAGUUCCUGCUGAAGGAAUCUCGUAGGGCUGAGAAGCUGAGGCAGAAAGAAGAACUGAGACGAGACAAGGAGGCUGCAAGACUGAAAGCUGCUACUGAGAGGGCUACUGCCCGUAGAAUCGCAAAGGAAUAUAUGGAGCUUAUUGAGGAUGAGCGCUUGGAGUUAAUGGAGUUGGCUGCAGCAAAUAAAGGAUUUUCCUCAAUAUUUGCUCUCGAAAAUGAAACUUUGCAACAACUCGAUUCAUUCAGAAGUAUGCUGACUGCAUUUCCGCCAAUUUCUGUAGGACUAAAAAAGCCUUUUGCAAUUCAGCCUUGGGCUGAUUCUGAUGAGAAGAUAGCAAACCUUCUUAUGGUUUGGAAGUUUCUAAUUACCUUUGCUGACGUGCUUGGCCUUUGGCCAUUCACUCUUGAUGAGUUUGUGCAGUCUCUCCAUGAUUACGAUUCAAGACUUCUGGGAGAAGUGCAUGUUGCUCUACUUAAAUCCAUUAUUAAGGACAUUGAGGAUGUUGCAAGGACUCCUGCUAGCACACUCGGGGCUAGCCAAAGUAGCACUGUUAAUCCAGGAGGUGGCCAUCCGCAGAUUAUCGAGGGGGCAUAUGCAUGGGGCUUUAACAUUCGUGGUUGGCAACGGCAUUUGAAUUAUUUGACAUGGCCUGAGAUACUGCGACAAUUUGCAUUGGCUGCUGGAUUUGGGCCACAAUUGAAGAAGAGAAAUGUGGACCGUGUAUAUUCUCGGGAUGAGAAUGAGGGUAACAAUGGCAAGGACAUUAUUUCCAAUUUACGGAAUGGUUUGGCGGCUGAAAAUGCUUUCGCUUUGAUGAAAGAAAGGGGCUAUACUCAUCGUCGUGGAUCUAGGCAUCGUUUGACUCCUGGAACAGUCAAAUUUGCUGCUUUUCAUGUUCUUUCUCUCGAGGGAAGCAAUGGCCUUACUAUACUAGAAGUUGCAGACAAGAUUCAGAAUUCUGGACUACGGGACCUAACCACAAGCAAGACACCAGAGGCAUCUAUUGCUGCAGCAUUAUCGCGAGACACAAAACUUUUUGAGAGAACUGCUCCUUCAACAUAUUGUGUAAGAUCACCUUACAGGAAGGAUCCUGCUGAUGCAGAUGCUGUAUUAUCUGCUGCUCGGGAAAAGAUACAAGUAUUUCUAAGUGCACUUUCAGACUCUGAGGAAGCUGAAAAGGAUACAGAAGAUGUAGAUGAAGCUGAAAGAGAUGAAGAUUCGGAAGGUGAUGCUGCUGAUGAUCCUGAAGUUGAUGAUGCUUGCAUUGAUGCAAAGCUGGAUAAGAAUGAUCCUUUUGCAAGUGAGUUAAAAGAUUCUAUGACAUUGACUUUGUCAUGUCAGGAAGAAGGGGGAGAGAACGGAGUAACUGCAUGUACUAGCUUUGGUAUUGUGGAAAAAGGUCCUAAAAUGCCUUCGGAGAAAUCAAAAACAGUAAGCACUUCAGGUGUUUCCCAUCUUCCAGAUGGAAACUCAAAUUACAUUGAAGCAAGUAACCUUGGUAUGGAGGACACAGAAAUUGAUGAAAGCAACUUUGGUGAACCAUGGGUUCAGGGAUUGUCAGAAGGCGAUUAUUCUGAACUGAGUGUUGAAGAACGCUUGCAUGCCCUUGUUGCUUUGGUAGGAGUGGCUGUUGAAGGAAACUCUAUACGAAUAGUUCUUGAGGAACGUUUGGAAGCUGCAAGUGCUCUCAAAAAACAAAUGUGGGCAGAGGCACAACUUGAUAAAAGGCGUUUUAAAGAAGAGUGUCCUGGCAGGUUACAAGGUACUGCCUUCAGUAUAAAUAAAGCUGAGGCAGCUGUAAGUAAUGGUGCAAGAGUGGGAAGUCAAAUGGCACUAGACAAUGUUGAUAAGGGUAAUGAUGGUAAUCUAGAAGCCAUCAGCAAUGAGCUGUUUUUUGAACCGAAUCGGGUUAAUUUUGGUAACACGUCUAUAGGACAUGAACUUACAACUGCGGAUGUUCAUCCAGUUCACCAGCAUGUAUAUGCUACUGAAAAGUCACGUUCCCAAUUAAAAGCAUUUAUUGGUCACAAGGCAGAGCAACUUUAUGUUUACCGAUCAUUACCCCUAGGUCAAGACCGCAGGCGAAAUCGGUAUUGGCAAUUUUCAACAUCUUCUUCACCAAAUGAUCCUGGCUCUGGGAGAAUCUUUUUUGAAUCCAAAGAUGGCCAUUGGCGGCUUAUCGAUUCAGAGGAGGCAUUUGAUGCUCUUUUAGCUGCUCUGGAUACACGUGGGAUUAGAGAAUCACAUUUGCAUUCAAUGUUGCAAAGAAUAGAGUCAACCUUCAAAGAGGCAAUCAGAAGGAAUAAGAAAUUUGUCAGCUCUGAUUUAGUUGGAGAUCCGGUUAUAACAGGGCUGACUAAAACGUCAUCAAGUCCAGAUUGCAGCAUGGAACUUGACAGUCCUAGCAGUUCCCUCUGUGGUCUCGCUUCUGAUGCUUUGGAGAAUUCAUCAUCUUUCAGAAUUGAACUUGGGCAGAGCAAAGCUGAGAUAAGUGCUGCUGUUAGGAGAUACCAAGGUUUAUUCAGAUGGAUGUGGAAAGAAUGCUAUAAUCCUUACCAAUUGUGUGCAAUGAAAUAUGGGAAGAAAAGAUGCUCUGAGCUGCUUCAUACUUGUGAUUCCUGCUUCCAGUCCUUUUCUGCUGAAGAAAGGCAUUGCCCUUCUUGCCACAAGACAUUUAAGGCAUUCCAUAACUCUGAUGCAAUUUUUUCAGAGCAUAUGCCUUUGUGUGAACAAAAAAGAAAAUCAGACCCUGAAUGGAAACUCCAAGUCUCUGACUCCUCUCUUUCCAUAGGGAUCAGACUGUUGAAAGCACAGUUAUCCAUGAUUGAGGUUUCAAUUCCAGCAGAAGCUCUUCAGGCAUUUUGGACCGAGGGAUAUAGGAAAUCUUGGGGUGUGAAAUUGCAGUCUUCAUCAUCUGCUGAGGAACUGUUUCAGAUUCUAACUUUGUUGGAGGGUGCAAUAAAACGAGGUGUUCUUUCUACAACCUUUGAAACAACAGCUGAAUUGUUGAGUUCUGCUAAUCCAGGAGUUGCUGCAGACAAUAACACUGCUCAUUCGGGAUCAGUUCCUGUUUUGCCAUGGGUGCCUAGUACCUCGGCAGCUGUGGCAUUAAGGCUGUUGGAUCUUGAUUCUUCAAUUUCUUAUAUGCUGCACCCGAAGCUGGAGUCUCAUAAAGGAAAGGAAGGAGAUUAUAUUACGCUUCCAUCAUGUUAUGUUGUUGUCCACGAUAAGCAAGAGGUAGAGUCAAUGGGAACACCUGACCAAGUUGACCAUCAAAAUGAAGGGAGGUGGCUGCAUUUGGGAAGAGGAGGCAGGGGCCGAAGUAGUCGUGGUCGGAGAGGGCGCGGUCGUGGACGAGGAGGGAGAAGGUUGAUUGGGAGUGGAAACUCCUCCAGAACUGAGCUUCGGACUGAAAAUAAUUGUAGUUUUGAGAAGGCCACAAGAAAAUACACCAGAAGGGGUCGAACACGUGGCCAAGGUCAUAGUCGUGGUCGUCGAACUGUUAGGCCUAGACAAAGAUCUGAGAACAGGGUAGCUACAAUUGACAAGCGUUCUCUUUUGGGCAGUUUUGUCACUGCAAGCAGCAGCUCUAAGCAGUGCAGAAUUGAGGCAUCCCCUGAGAGCUCAGAUGGUGAACAGUGGGGAAUCGGUGAAACAGAAAAGACAUACGUUGAAGACGAUGACAGCCGUCCAUGUAUGGAAUCUGGUGAAAAUGGUCAAGCUUCAGGAGAGGAUUAUGAUGAUCAGGCAGUAGUAUCCUCUGAUAGAGAUGAAUGUGAUGCAGACAAGCCUCAAGGACUAGUUGAUGAUGAAACUGAAGAUGACUUAGGAGACAUGGAGGGGGAUGAAGAGGGUGAAGCGGAUGAUGAUUAUCACGAUGGGAACGACUUGAAUACUUAUAUGGAUGACGAGGAUGUAGAGAUUGGGGAUAAUGCAGAUGAUGUUGGGGAUGCAGAGGGAAAUGGAGAUGAAGAUGAUGAUGUAGCAUGGUCAGCUUCUUCGGAGUACAGUGAUUAGGAGGGGGAGCACAGACCAUCAGAGGCAUGGAGCAGUCCAGUUAAUAACUAUGAAUAUGAAGAUUCUCUCUCACAAAAGGUGGCUGUUUAACCAGAGGACUAGGAAAGUUACCUCUCUGCCAUCUGUAGGGUGAUUUUCACCUUGUGAGAAACAUAUAAUCUGUGGGAGACUGCUUUGUCAGAAACAUAUAAAGGUGACCGUGUGCCCCAGAAAAAAGCCAUGGGAGACUGCUUUGUGAGAAACAUAUAAUCUUAUUAAGUCAGGUUCCUAAGUCCAAUCUGUGGGGUGAUUUUCACCUUCUGAAAGUUCUUCGUAUAGUAGUAAGAUAUUUCAUGUUUUUUUUUUUUUUCUUUUUUCUGUAGAAUUUUGCUCUCGCAUCUACUGGCAGCAACCUUUGGUUAGAACCCAGCCGUGUUACUUCGAUAGGGGGUUCAACAGGGGGACAAUGGUGAACUUGUAUUUGUGUUAGCAAAUUGAGUUUAACUGAGGUCCUAUAAAUGUAGUAUCGAAUGAAUUCUAAUUCUGUAAGAUUUAUGAUAUGCAUUACGUCAAGGCCAUCGUUUCGUGCUA